AUGGCCAGGAUUGGCGUUUCCUGCCCGUCGUGGCGCUCAGCGGGACCCUGCCCGUGUCCGGUGCCGCGGCAGCGCCCGGCAGCGCUGGCGCUGGCCCUCGCCGUGGGGCUGCUACUGCUGCUGGCGGUCGCCGCACCCCGUCGCUGGGUCGCACCUCCCCGCGCCGCCCGGCGCGACGAGAGGUACCUGGCACGGGCGGAAGAGCUGACGGCCACUGACACCGAGGACUCUGCCCUCAAUUACGGAGUGGUCAUUGACUGCGGGAGUAGCGGGUCCCGGGUUUUCGUCUACUUCUGGCCCCCACACAACGGGAACCCCCACGACUUGCUGGACAUCAGGCAGAUGAGGGAUCGGAGCAGCCGUCCCGUCGUCAAGAAAAUUAAACCAGGAAUCUCCGUGGCAGCGGCACCCCCCGAGCAAGCUACGCCCUACCUGCGCCCUCUGCUUCAGUUCGCGGCAGCCCACGUCCCAGCUCAGAAGCACAAGGAAACUCUGCUUUACAUCCUGUGCACGGCAGGCAUGCGGCUGCUGCCCGAGAGGCAGCAAGCUGCAAUCUUGGAAGACCUGGUGAGAAACGUGCCCCUGGAAUUUGAUUUCCUCUUCUCCAGAUCACAUGCAGAAGUGAUCUCAGGGAAACAGGAAGGUGUUUAUGCUUGGAUUGGCAUCAACUUUGUCCUGGGCCGGUUUGAUCAUGAGGACGAGGAGGAUGCGGUGGUCACCGUAGCGCUGGGGGACCACAGAGAUUUGCUGGUUCGCAAACGAACAGUUGGGAUCCUAGACAUGGGGGGCGCCUCCCUACAGAUUGCUUACGAGGUGCCUGACUCUGGAGCUUUCUCCUCACAGCAGGAGGAGGCUGCUAAGAGCUUGCUGGCAGAAUUCAACUUGGGUUGCGAUGUGCAGCACACUGGCCACAUGUACCGUGUCUAUGUCAACACCUUCCUGGGCUUUGGGGGCAAUUUUGCCCGGCAGCGCUAUGAGGACCUUGUGCUGAACCAGACCUAUGUUCACAACCGCCUACAUGGCCAGCAGACAGGACUGAGCCCGGAGAUGCCUUUCCUGGACCCCUGCCUGCCUGUAGGGCUGGAGGACACUGUGGUGAGGGGCCGCCAAACCCUGUACAUGCGGGGUCAGGGGGACUGGCUGGCCUGUGUGGAAAUGGUGCAACCCCUCCUAGCUGCACCCAACAGCAGCCAGGCCUCCCUGGUGGGGACCUACAAAGCACCCAUUGACUUUAGCAACAGUGAGUUUUAUGGCUUCUCUGAGUUCUUCUACUGCACCGAGGAUGUGCUACGCCUGGGGGGCCGCUACAGUGCCCCCACCUUCACUGCUUCUGCCCAGGAGUACUGCAGGCAACGAUGGGAAGUGCUGACCCAGCGCUUCCACGGUGGCCUCUACUCUGCACAUGCUGACCAGCACCGGCUGAAGUAUCAGUGCUUCAAAUCAGCCUGGAUGUAUCAAGUCCUUCACCAGGGCUUUCACUUCCCUCUGGACUACCCCAGCCUGCGCACAGCCCAGCUGGUAUAUGACCGGGAGGUGCAGUGGACGCUGGGAGCCAUUCUCUACAAGACACGAUUUCUGCCACUCAGGGAUCUCCGUCGGGAGAGCAUGAGGCAAGCACAUCCCUCCUGGCUUCGCCUCUCUUUUGUCUACAACCACUAUCUUUUCUUCGCCUGCAUCCUGGUCGUAGUGCUGGCUAUAGUCCUCUACCUCCUGCGGCUGCGCCGCAUCCACCGCCGGCAGCUGCGCUCGGCCCAGCUCACCCUGCUCUGGCUGGACAAGGUAGUGGUGGCACCAGGCCAGGGAAAUGGGCCAUGA